AUGGAUUCGCCGAUAUCAUCGCACGACGAGCGCGACAUCGAAGUCAACGUGGUCUCCGGUGCCAGCAGCCCCGACAUCACCUCUUCGCCUUCCAGAAAAGACCAGAAGAGCCCAUUCUACGAUUUGAAGAAGGAUAAAGAAGAAAAGGCGACUGGCAGUGCGCCAUAUACGAGUUUCUCUAUAAGCUCUAUUUUGAAUAGAACAGAGCCUAGAAGGGAUUCGAAUGUACUGGAAGCUGCGUUGACUGCGAACCAUUUUGGGAGUAACGAUGCUAUGCUUUCGAGGCUUGGUCUGAUUUCGCAAUGGAGCGCUUUGGCCGGGAGGUACGGAGGGCUGGUGCCGGCACCGUGGUACUGGCAGAGACCCCAGGAGAGGACCACCCCUCCUAGAGAAGACUCAACAACCAACGAAGAAGGUUCCGCCGGGGGUUCACCGCGACCACGAAGCCCCCCGCGUGCCCCUACACCCCCCUCUCCAUCGAGAUCAUCGCCCUCUCCUCGAUCCCCACGCCUUCAUCCCGCGCUUUACCCUCAGCAACAAGACGCUAAUGAUUCAGACCCAGAUGUCGACGAGAGCGAUGACUUCGAUAAAGAUGAAAAGAGAGAUCCUAACGCAAACCUCGGUAAACGAAAGAAGAAAACACGAACUGUUUUCUCCCGCUCUCAAGUAUUCCAACUAGAGUCUACAUUUGAUAUGAAACGGUACUUAAGCAGCUCUGAACGCGCUGGUCUUGCUGCUAGUCUUCACCUGACAGAGACACAGGUGAAGAUCUGGUUUCAGAAUCGACGUAACAAGUGGAAGAGACAGCUGGCUGCAGAGUUGGAAGCGGCAAAUAUGGCCCACGCAGCACAAAGGUUGGUCCGCGUACCGAUUUUGUAUCAUGAAUCACGACCAACAUCAAUCCCGCACACUCCUUUGCCGAAUUAUCCGCAGUUUUCGAAUGAUCCUGGAGUAUAUUUCCCACCACAAGCGCCGCAGCAACUUCAGCCUCUUCCACCUUCUCCAGUGACGUCACGAGCCCCUCUAUCAAGCCUAGUGUAGUGUUCGCUCGAAUCCGUCCGUAGGACUGACAACGCAGCAGACGGAUUUUAAACUUGAAAUGAAAGAACUUCGAACGCGAUAUAGUUUGUGUUCAGUUUUUGAAAGACUAGUCAUAUCAAUUGAGUGUCGAAUGCCAAAUCGUUCAAAUGCGUAAGUGUAUGGAAUUGUAUUUUAGCGGUAAUUUGUCCUUAAAUUGAUUUAUUGAAAUUUUGAUUAGAUACUGGCAGGUAAGAAAUGCUAGAGAAAAUUCUUCUAUUAGUAAGGGCUGUACAAUGAAUUCUUUCGAAUCGCUUUGUCGUUAACGUAUAUAACGCGUUUUCGAUAGAAUUCGUAGAGUUAAAUUAAAUUUAAAAAACCUCGAAUGUCGUACAAAAAUUUGUCAUUCCAUGUUGUAUAUACAAUUGUAUAUAAGAAUGUUUUAAUUAAUAUUUCUCUUGUAUUUAUUCUAGUUAAGACCUAGUUAAUAAUGUAAAUAUUAGAUAUUCAAAGAACUGAUUAUGCUUCUUAUUGUAAGAUCUUUGAAUUUGCCCGCAUUUAUGUUAUAUAGUUAACAAAUAAUAUUCUAUUAUCUUUAUUUCACCAAUUGAAAAUGCGCAAAAUCUUGUAAUUCAUAAUUUUUUGAAAGUGCAAAAAAUUAUUUGUAUUUACAUUACUUAUUGUUAUUCUGUUUUGUCUUAUUUUAUAAAAUCUUUUUUAUGGGUUCCUGUCCCGAAC